AUGAGGAGAUUCACGUGCACCUGGUUUGUGUAUUUCAUCAGUCAAUAUGGGUUACUAUGUUUUACAGCCACCUGGGGUUCAGAAAUAGCCACUGUGAAUGAAACUGAUUUAUGGCAACAUAGGAGACAGAUGCCUGAAGAUGUUGAUCUUUCUCAGAUGCAGAACUCUGAGGAGCGGCCUUCAGGACUGAAAUGUGGAGUCCGUUCUUCAGAACAGGAGAGUGAGGAAGAUUUUCUGGAGGCUGAAUUCUUUUCGAGAAUUAUUGGUGGGAGAGAUUCAGCACCUGGCAGACAACCGUGGCAGGUAUCCAUCAAGUUGGGUCUUUCCCACUUCUGUGGUGGCAGUUUGAUCCAUGACACUGUGGUGGUUACUGCAGCUCACUGUGUCGUAAAUCUUGACCCGGAACUUGUGAAGAAUCUGAUAGUGACUGUUGGAGAAUAUGACCUCAGAAGGAGGGACAGAGGAGAACAGAACAUCCCUGUCUCAAAAAUCAUUCUCCACCCUGCGUUCAACAGAUUUGGAUAUAUGGAUUUAGAUAUUGCGCUUCUGUAUCUGAAAUUCAGAGUAAAAUAUGGGCAUGAAGUUCAGCCAAUCUGUCUUCCCCACAAAGAAGAGACAUUUGAAGAGGGAAUGCUCUGUGUUGUGAGUGGGUGGGGCAAGAUCUCUGAAGCUGGUGCCCUGUCCAAUAUACUACAGGAAGUGGAUCUGCCCAUAAUUGAUAGCAGAAGUUGCAGUGAGAUGUUGGAAGCUUUGCAUUUACCUCCAGUGGGGAGCUCCAUGCUGUGUGCUGGCUUUCCUGAUGGUGGAAAGGAUGCAUGCCAGGGUGAUUCUGGAGGCCCGUUAGCAUGCAGAAGAGCCAGCGGCAUCUGGACUCUGGCCGGUAUCACGUCUUGGGGAAUUGGAUGCGCUAAAGGUUGGCUGGAUGACAAGAGAAACCAUGGGGGUAGAGGAUCCCCAGGCAUCUUUGCUAAUGUUGCUGGGCUGUGGGACUUUGUCGCUCAGAAUAUGGUCACUGCACCUGACCCAACCCACCUGCUGCCUAUCAGCCUGGAAGACUGCAGCUCCCAUGGAAGGAUGAUAUUUGGAGAAAGUGGCCAUAUUCAGCACCCUCCUCGACUGAGGGAUUAUUACCUUGAUAACAGCCUGUGCAUCUGGAAUAUAACCGUUCCGGAAGAUAAAUUCAUAUUAAUUCGGUUUAUCAAAAUAGACAUAGAGGAUCAGCUUGGAUGUGACCAUGACUAUGUGACUUUUCAUUCAAAUGAGGGGAAAUUAAUUGAUAAAGUUUGUGGUCAGGUGUUGCCCUCACCUCUGCUGAUAGACUCUUCCCAAGCAGCAGUCACUUUUGUGUCUGAUGGUAGCCAAACUGGGGGAGGCUUAGAAUUCCUCUUCACUGCUGUACCUAAGGCUUCUGAAGCAGGUUCCGGAUGCGGCAGUGUUGCCGUGCUGGUGGAAGAAGGCAAGAUUGACACAGCUAAUUACCCUGGCUUAUAUCCCAGCCACACAAAAUGCCACUGGAUCAUUGAGGCCCCUGUGGAUCAUGUCAUAAAGUUGGAAUUUGAAGAUUUUGCUAUUGAAAUCAGCCAGGAUUGUAUUUACGAUGCCGUUGUUGUGUUUGAUGACACAGAAGAGGAACACCAACUUGCUCUUCUUUGUGGCUUCUCAAUUCCUUCUCCAGUCUGGAGCUCUAGAAACAUCCUGUUGAUACACUUUAAGAGUGACGGAGAGAACAACUUCAGAGGAUUCAAGGCCAGAUUUACCUUUUCCCCCUCAGGAAGAGGCAAGGAGCAGGGUGAUAAUAAAGGGGAAGAGAAGGGAAGCAAGGAAGAGAGUCGCUGCUUCUUGUUGAGAACUGAAUACAGCCCUUAUUCCUUUUCUGCAGAAGACCCAAAAGCUGAAUUGGGAGACCUGGUGGUUCUACAAGCAUCCAGGCCCAAGCACAUACCUAUUGAUGUGUGUGGCUCUCCUCCCUUUGGCCCUCAGUGGCAGUCCAGACGUGUUGGUGGGAGAGAAGAAAGUUGUCCCCACUGCUGGCCGUGGCAUGUAGGUUUGCACUUUCUGGGGGAUUACCAGUGCAGUGGUGUUGUCGUUGGUCCAGAAUGGGUGGUCACUGCAGCCCACUGCAUGCAGCUAACAAACAGCAUACUAUAUUGGACAGUUGUUGCUGGAGAUCAUGACAGAACGUUGAAGGAACCAGCUGAACAGAUAAGAAGAGUAAAGGCCAUUUUAAUCCAUCAAGACUUCGAUGUCAUGAGUUACGAUUCUGAUAUUGCCUUAGUCCAGCUGGAAGCCCCCCUCUUUUACAAUGCUGAAGUGCGGCCAAUAUGUUUGCCCAACUAUACUGAACCGUUAUUUGAUUCUCUGCUUUGUGUGGUGACUGACUGGGGGAACACCCAAGAAGCUGGAGACCUUGCCAGCCGCUUGCAGCAGACCCAGGUGCCCAUACUUAAUAACAAUAUCUGUGAGCAAAAUUACUAUUUCGACCACCCUGGUGGGAUCACAUCUAGGAUGCUCUGUGCAGGUUUUGCAUCCUCUGGAGGCCAAGACACCUGCCAGGAGGAUUCAGGUGGCCCACUGGUUUGUCAAAAUGAAGAGUCGUCAUUUACUCUCUACGGCAUUGGCAGCUGGGGUGUCGGAUGUGCCAGGUCAAAGAAACCAGGUGUUUAUACAAGAGUAAGAGUCUUUCUGGACUGGAUCCUCUCCAGCAUGAAAGGAAAAGGACCAGCAGAUAUGCCAAUAAAUAAUACUGGACGUGAAACCUUAGCGGAACAACAAGAGUCAUUUAUAAAUCUGCCAGAAGCUCCUUACGGACAAGGGCCAAAGAUAGGGAAAAGCGUGAAAUACCCUAGCAAUCUGAGCCAGCAAUUGGCUCGCUGCAAAGAUGUGGUCCUUACUGCCCAGGAGGGAAUAAUCUGGUCACCAGGGUUUCCAAAUGGCUAUUCCAACAUGGCUGGCUGUCACUGGAGAAUUGUUGGCCCUUUAAAUUCUGUCAUUCGAUUGGAUUUCUUAGACUUCACAACUGAAAGAUCUCUUUCCAAAUGCCACGGUGGACUUACCAUUUAUGAAGGAUCUGAAUCAGCAAAAGAAGUGCUUGGUAAUUUCUGUGACGAAGCUCCACGCUUUCCAUUAAAGUCUCAUGGCCCUGUGGUGAUGCUGACCUUUACUGCUGGUGCAGAGACAAAGAUAAAAGGAUUUGUUCUUGCCUACAGAAUCCAGGAAAUUCAGCCCAAUCCAGUACUAAAUAGUACAAGAGACGCCAGUAAAGGAUGUCCCAUUCUGGAUCUGAUCCCAGUGGGAAUUGCUAAGCUCACUUCUCCCAAUUAUCCACAUAUAUACCCCAGUUUAUUGACCUGCACUUGGACAGUUUAUUCUGCUUUAGGUUAUAGACUGAAAGCUGUGAUAAAGGAUCUUGCAAUAGAAGAUGCCAAGGAUUGUGUCUGGGACUCUCUAGACAUUUAUGAUGGACCUAAUAGUCAUUCAGAAGUACUUGGUCAUUUGUGUGGUCAUAAACAGGAUCUCCAGUUCAUUUCAAGUGGCAGCUACUUGACUGUGUGUUUCGAAGCAGACGGUUCGAUUGGAGAAAGAGGCUUCAAGAUGGUGUUUGAAGAGCUGGAUCAAGGGCCAGCACGGAGAAGUAAGAGUGGGAUCGCGCUCAAGGGUCAAUGUGACAGUUACAAGAAGGUGUGGUGGGCAGCCUAUGACCUCCUGGAGGUUAUGAAAUGGGUAUCUGAAGAUCUGAAGUCACCAACUGUCUACACAAGGAUUUCUGCUUACAGAAGCUGGAUUUCUGCAGUCACUAAUGGAAAAGUCUGGUGGGAUUCUCUCUUUUUCUCCCCUUCCAGAAAUACCAAAAUAACUAGGGGAGAUAAUGUAUUUUUCUGCUUAGGGGAUGCCAAAUGUUUGAGAGGCCACAGUCUUAAAAAAUAUUAGAUGCCCAUGCAUUUUCUGUUUCUGGAAUAUUGUUAA